AUCUUCUCAUCUCCCUCGUCAAUUUAGUCGAGCAACAGUCUGUCCACAAGUCCAACGAUAGAAAGAGCAAGGCAAGCAAUCAUGGGCAAGAAAGCGAUCAGGCAUGCGGCAAAGGUCGAGUUGGACAAGGAAGCUGGGACGCUACCUUAUUUACAUAAUCGAUGGCACCCUGACAUUCCCACCAUCGGAAAGAUUGAGAACAACGAGGUGGUCAAGAUCCAAUGCGUGGACUGGACUGGAGGACAGAUUGGAAACAAUGACUCUGCAAAUGAUAUGAGAGACGUCGACCUCACCAAGAUCCAUUACCUCACUGGUCCCUUCGAGAUCGAGACAGCCGAGCCUGGUGACAUUUUGGUCGUUGAGAUUCAAGAUGUCCAGCCGUUGGAGGAGCAGCCAUGGGGUUUUACGGGAGUGUUCUCGAAGAAGAAUGGCGGUGGCUUCUUGGACGAGAUCUACCCGGAGCCAGCCAAAGCAAUCUGGGACUUCGAAGGCAUCCACUGCUCUUCCCGCCACAUCCCAGGUGUCAGAUUCGCCGGCCUCAUCCAUCCUGGCAUUCUCGGCUGCGCUCCCUCGCAAGAAGUGCUCGAGCUCUGGAACAAGCGAGAAGGCGAGCUGAUCUCCGCCUGCGCUCACAUGGAUCGAGACGUCGCCAAACCACCCGAGCCGAUCAACGUGCAUGCCGGAACAGCGGAUGAGAAGAUCAAGGAGAAGGUUGGCAGGGAAGGCGCUCGCACGAUCCCCGGUCGUCCUGAGCAUGGCGGGAACUGCGACAUCAAGAAUUUGUCGCGUGGUAGUAAGGUUUUCUUGCCGGUGCAUGUCAAGGGGGCAAAGUUUUCGGUCGGAGACCUGCACUUCAGCCAGGGAGAUGGCGAGAUCUCCUUCUGCGGCGCCAUCGAAAUGGCCGGCGAAAUCACCAUAAAGUUCUCGGUCAUGAAGGCAGGCAUGGAAGAGCUUGGCACCAAGAGCCCAAUAUACAUCCCCGGCCCAGUCGAGCCACAAUUCGGUCCUGGCCGAUACAUCUACUUCGAAGGCUUCAGCGUCGACGAGCACGGAAAGCAGCAUUACCUCGACGCGACGAUUGCGUAUCGCCAAACAUGCCUGCGAGUCAUCGAGUACCUCCGGAGAUACGGGUACAAUGACUACCAGAUCUAUCUGUUGUUAAGCUGUGCGCCAGUGCAGGGACAUAUUGCGGGUAUUGUCGACAUUCCGAAUGCGUGCACGACGCUUGGAGUGCCGAUUGAUAUCUUUGACUUUGAUAUCACGCCGGGCAAGAAGGUGGAAAAGAGGGAUAUGGGAGCUUGUGCUUUCGCCAGUUGA